AUGAUUUACUUGCUUGAGGUGUACUUGGUGACGGCCUUGGUGCCUCGGAGACGGCGUGCUUGGCGAGCUCUCCGGGAAGGAUCAGUCGAACAGCAGUCUGGAUUUCGCGAGACGAGAUCGUCGAACGCUUGUUGUAGUGCGCCAGACGAGAUGCCUCAGCACGAUGCGCUCGAAAACGUCAUUCACGAACGAGUUCAUGAUCGACAUGGCUUUCGAGGAGACACCGGUGUCGGGGUGCACCUGCUUGAGCACACGGUAGAUGUAGACCGAGUAGCUCUCCUUACGCUUGUGCUUCCUCUUCUUGUCUCCAGUACGGCUGGCCUUCUGGCUCUUCGCGGCUUUCUUGGCUCCCUUGGCGACGGCUUUGGUGGCAUCGUUGAACGGUUGAUACACGAGUCUCAGUCGUCGUCAAUCAUGUCUGGACGUGGAAAAGGAGGCAAAGCCAAGACCGGAGGAAAGUCGAAGUCGCGUUCAUCGCGUGCUGGACUUCAGUUCCCAGUCGGUCGUCUUCAUCGUAUGCUCCGUAAAGGAAACUACGCUGGACGUAUCGGUGGUGGAGCUCCCGUCUACCUGGCCGCUGUUCUCGAAUACCUCGCCGCUGAGGUGCUCGAGUUGGCCGUAACGCUGCUCGUGACAACAAGAAGACCAGAAUCAACCUCGCCAUCUCCAGCUCGCUGUCCGCAACGACGAGGAGCUCAACAAGCUUCUCUCCGUGUGACCAUCGCACAAGGAGGUGUCCUGCCAAACAUCCAGGCCGUUCUCCUGCCCAAGAAGACCGCCGGUGACAAGGAAUAA